CGCGUCCAACUCCAUCUCCCUGCAGGAAAGAAUCCCUUCUCGAUCUCCCCAACAUCCAUCCAAAGGGAUCCAAGGGAAAGGGAUAGAGAGGCAACAGGAAAAGUCUGUCGUCGUUCGUUAAUUCUACCAACCGUCACUCAUUUACACAACCCUCCUUUCUCUCAGACGUCUUUCAUUUAUCACAAUCACACUCACACUCCUUUAGCCGACGGUCGAUUCGUCGCUAUUGCCUCCAUCAAUCAACCAUUCCUUCGUCAACAGCCGUAUCCUUCCUUUACGGCCAUCCGAUUCACCAUUCUAACCAAUCUUCGAUCCUUUGUAACCAUAGCGGACUGAGUCUUGCAUCUCGAACAUUCCUUACUACCCUCGAACAGUCGGAUUGGAUCGACAGGAAGUCGAACUUCACCUUGUCUUCACCUCACUUCUCAGCCAAAAGUCACUGCGCACAAGCCAAUCUCGCGUGGCGAAUUGUACCAAAAUUUCGAUCUAACCUGUACCACAUCGCACAAACAGACUGUACGGUAGAAAUAUCUCACCAGGCCUCCCUACUUUAAGCAUCAUGUCUUCCUCAACAAUGUCUCUUGCUCGCGCAUUUACACGGCGCAACAAGCGAAGCGUGGGUGAAAUCACUCCCUCAAGAGGUACCAGUGUCAAAUACGCUCCGGGAACCAUCAAUCGCAGUCAGAUCUCACUUCCCACUGAAUUGAUCUCGACCACCAACGUCCAGGCGUUGAAUGCUCCCGACAUUCCUGGUGCCUCUGGAUCGUCCACGGCCUCACUCUCCUCUGCCAGCGACUCCGACUUCUCCACCAUCGACCGAAGCUUCCUGACCAAUGCGGCGAGCGACACAUCAUCCAUCGACGACAGCGGCCCCGCGACCCCCGUUACACCCGCCUCGGAAGAUACCAAAUCAUUCUUUGAUUUGAAGCAAAGCCUGUCGGCAGUUCCGGCCCUUGCUUCACCUCAUGCUGUCGAGACACCUGCAAUUCCAAAACGUGCCCUGUCCCACUCCAAAGAGGCACACGUCCUAUUGUCACGAAAGCGAUCGAUUCAGCGCAUGUCACCUCCCCCCACCACCCUGAACAAGCCAACUACACGGAGUAGCGCCGAUAUCUUCUCUUCAUCUGCCGACCCUAAUCACCCAUUCGGUAAAGAGCUGGCACAAGUGAAUGAGGUUGCGGAAGAGUUUGGUGCCACGGCCCGAUUACUGGAAGAAGAGGAACAAGAAAUGAUGAACAAAGGUCUUCGCAAGUUCGGUGUGGAGGAAUACCUGGACGAAAUAGCAGGCCUCUAUGGUGGAAUCUUCGAAGACAAACUCGGCUCAAUCGCGAAGCCGUGGAUCUAAAAGAUCUGGUUGUUGGAUUGGCCCGCGGGCUGAUUCAUGCGCCAAAUUCACGACUUUACGACGAUUGAUUUUCUAAAAGCGAAUCGCUGUCCAGGGUGGCUGGCUGGCGAAAUGCGGCGUCUCACAUACCGUUGAGGACAUUAUUUCACGUCACUCCUUUACUACAACCUUUAGCAUUGUUCUUUUCACGCACACACACCUCGCCUUAUUCCACCGCCGGAUGGAUGAGAAUGGACUUGUGUACCAGGCUCAUGUGGACUGGAGCCAAAUGAACCAUGUGCACCCGGGUCAGGAUUUGAGCAACUAACCCUGAAUGGGAAUCUUGAUCAUGAAAGAGAUGUCAAUUUUCGAGCUAGAGGGGAUUCCUUGAUUGGAGAUUUUUUUUCUUCUGGUCAAGAUGAGACAGAUGAUGAGGCGGUCAGAAAGACAAGGGCAGGUGAAUCUUGUAUUACAACCUACCAUGAUGAAGCAACAGAUGGAGCUAGUUAUCCUGAGAAAUAAGAGAAACGAGGACCUGUUUAGAAAAGCAAAAGAAUAAGACCUCAUUUCGAUAUA